UCAUUCGACCACCGGGGUUGUUGAUGUUCCCAAAAACACUCCGCAAGAACUCUCUGCGGUCAUGCGGCAAAGUAAGCAACAUGUUGACACCUCCUUCGCACAUCAACCAUCCCCGACAUCAAAGCAAACCUCGAUCAAGGAAAUUCCCAAGUCCCUUCGCAACCUCACGUUUCCGUACGUGCUGCCACCCUUUCGCACAUGGAUGAAAAUCCGCUCAGACGCCAAGAAGAACAAUGGCCAGAAGCAAGAGAAACUCACGCACACGCAGCUGCAACACGACCUGGCGGACCACUGGCGCAAGCACUUCUUCGCGGACGAAGCGCGCGAGCUGGAGCAGAUGGCGCUGAAAAAACUGGUAUGGGAGCAGACAAAUGGUCGACCGUGGCUGAUUACGGAGAAGGAAGAAAAGCAGCUGUUGAAGCGAAUCCAGAUUGCCAGUUACAAAUCGAACGCCGCCGCCGUGCUCGCCGCUGCUUCAGGAGGUCGCGGUACUACUGCGGUGCUGAGCAAAAAUAAACUACAAGACAAGAAGAGCGCCAAAGUAGGCAAAGCGCUGGGUCUGCUAGACAACAAGAAUAAAGAUCGUGCGGCAGGUGGCGAAAGGGAAGAUGCAAAGCG